CAAUUAUUUGUGUCUUCUUCUGUUCUGCUUCAAACUUGAAAUACCCAAAACACCCCUCCAUCCCCACCCUCCUUCAAAAUACGUGCUUCUCACACAUCCACACACCUCACAACGAUACCACCAACCCUUCCUCCUUCUCUCUUCUCUCUCUCUCUUUCCAUGGCCAAUGAACUAACUCACAACUCACGUGCUUCACACAUGCACGUUAUUCACUACGACGACGACGACAGCGACGACUCAGGCGACCAAGAAGAAGGCGUGAACACUUCUGACGACAGCGACGAUGACAACGACAACGAAGAAAGCCAGCAGGACGAGAAGGCGGGGGUGACAGGUGAUGAGCGGCGGAGAGGGUGGUGGUUACGGCGGGGGAAAUGGGCGGAGGAGUGGAACAGGGUGCUGGUGCUGGUGUCGGCGAUGGGUCUGUUCGUGGACCCAUUGGUGUUGUACGCGGUGUCGAUAAGCGAGACAUGCAUGUGCGUGUUCGUUGAUGGGUGGUUGGCGAUAACGGUGACGGUGCUUCGGUGCAUGACGGACACGUUGCACAUCUGGAACAUCUGGUUGCAGUUAAAGAUGGCAAAAGCUUCGCUUCUUGGCACCACUUCUUCUUCUUCUCCUCCUUUAAAUUCUCUUCGCUUCAGAAAGGCAAAGUGGGCUUUCUUCGUUAACCUCUUUCUCAUUCUCCCUCUACCCCAGAUGGUGCUAUGGGAAGUAAUCCCUUCUUUGUUGGAGGAAGGGUCAAUAACAGUGGCAAUGACAGUGUUGUUAAUGAUGUUCCUAUUUCAAUACCUUCCCAAAAUUUAUCACUCGGUUUGCCUCUUGCGUCGCAUGCAAACCCUCACUGGCUUCGUUUUUGGGACCGUUUGGUGGGGCAUUGCCCUCAACUUGAUCGCAUAUUUUGUCGCUUCUCAUGCAGCAGGGGCAUGUUGGUACUUGCUGGGGGUGCAGAGGGCAGCAAAGUGCCUAAAAGAGCAGUGUAAAAAGACAGCUGGUUGUGGAGUGAGAAGCUUAUCUUGCAAGCAGCAUAUAUAUUAUGGAAGCAAUGGGAUGGUGAAGGAGAAGCCAAGGUUGGCUUGGGCAGCAAAUAGGGAAGCAAGGUCAACAUGCCUUGAUGGCCCUGACAACUAUGACUAUGGUGCUUAUCAAUGGACCGUUCAGCUUGUCACCAAUGAUAGCCGCUUGGAAAAGAUCCUCUUCCCUAUCUUCUGGGGCCUCAUGACUCUCAGCACAUUUGGGAGCCUAGAGAGCACAACAGAAUGGCUUGAAGUUGUUUUUAACAUUAUUGUAUUAACUAGUGGCCUUCUUCUCGUCACUAUGUUGAUUGGAAACAUUAAGGUGUUUUUGCAUGCUACAACAUCAAAGAAGCAAGCAAUGCAAUUGAAGAUGAGGAAUAUUGAGUGGUGGAUGAGCAAGAGACGGCUGCCACAAGGAUUUAGGCAGCGUGUGCGCAACUACGAGAGACAGCGAUGGGCUGCUACGCGUGGAGUUGACGAAUGUCAGAUGAUCAAAAACCUCCCUGAGGGGCUGAGGAGGGACAUUAAGUACCAUCUCUGUUUGGAUUUGGUUAGACAGGUACCACUAUUUCAGCAUAUGGAUGAUUUGGUCUUGGAGAACAUUUGUGACCGUGUGAAGUCCCUUGUAUUCACAAAGGGAGAAACGAUCACUAGAGAGGGAGAUCCAGUUCAAAGAAUGCUAUUUGUCGUAAGGGGCCACCUUCAAAGCAGCCAAGUCCUAAGAGAUGGGGUGAAGAGUUGUUGCAUGCUAGGGCCCGGCAACUUCAGCGGCGACGAACUCCUCUCUUGGUGUCUAAGAAGGCCGUUCAUCGAGCGCCUGCCGCCGUCCUCAUCCACAUUGGUCACGCUCGAAACCACCGAGGCAUUCGGCCUUGAAGCCGAGGAUGUAAAGUAUGUGACACAACAUUUUAGAUAUACUUUUGUGAAGGAAAAAGUGAAAAGGAGCGCGAGAUAUUACUCGCCAGGGUGGAGAACUUGGGCUGCCGUGGCUAUUCAAUUGGCUUGGAAAAGGUACCGGCACCGGUUGACUUUGACUUCUUUGUCCUUUAUUAGGCCUAGAAGGCCUGUGUCAAGGUGCUCUUCCAUGGAAGAGGAUAGGCUUCGGCUCUAUACGGCCAUGUUAACUUCACCAAAGCCUAAUCAAGAGGAUUUUGACGUUUCAUAAUGACAAUUUAUAUGUAUGUGGAUGUUCACUACUUUGUUAAUCUAAAUUAACGUGAAAGGCAAAAAGAAUUAAUUCUAGUUUUCCUAAAGGAGAUUUGAAAUAUUAUGUUUCAACCAAUCUUCUAAUAAUUGGAUUGGAUUCAUGGAUCUAAUUGAAUAGAGCCAUAAAAUCUAAGUUAAAGAUUUUAGUAAAUGAUAAUGCAUAAUGUAAUAUGUCAGUGGGGUGAAACCCUGCUGAGAUUUAAUUA